AUGAGCUUCAAGUAUAUGCUAGGUGCACGUGGGGAAACAGGCUUUGGCUCAGCAAGCACUGCCGAAGCGGUAUGCUCCAAUUGGGACGGAAAGGGCUGUGUGGCCCUGGUCACAGGUGCAGCAGCGGGUUUGGGCUACGAGAGCGCCCGCGUGCUAGCUCAACGGGGAGCCCAUGUGGUUGUGGCGGUUAGGUCGCAGGUUCGGGCCGAAGCCACUGCGACCCGGCUGCGUACGGACGUACCCGGCGCCAAGGUAACCCCCCUGGAGCUGGAUCUGUCCUCCCUCGCGUCUGUACGGAGCGCGGUGGAUGCCUUCAAGGCCACGGGGCUGCCGCUAAACAUCUUGUUGUUGAACGCAGGCAUCAUGGCCUGCCCGGCCUUCGCGAACUCCAAGGAUGGCUUCGAGCUGCAGUGGGCCACCAACCACCUGGGGCACUUCGCCCUCACGCAGGGGCUGCUGGAGGUGAUGCUGACGUCGGCUUCUGGCAGCGGCAGGGAGGGUCGGGUGGUGGUGCUGUCGUCCAUGGGACAUCAUUUGUUUGAAGUGCCAGGAGGCAUCAAUUUUGAUGCUCUCCGCAGCGGUGCGGAUUACUCGCCAUUCAAGGCGUACGGCGUUAGUAAGCUCUGCAACAUCCUCUUCACGCGGGAGCUACAGCGCCAACUGGCGGGUAGGUGGUUAGAGCGGUUGAUCACGAUCCUGGGCAGGAGUGGCGGCGGUGGCGGCCGCUGCACGGGUUUCCGUACUGCGGCCGUAUCGCUCCAAUUCCUGUUGUUCAAGCCACUCGCCAAGACGAUCGCGCAGGGGGCUGCUACCCAGAUGCUGCUGGCUACGGCACCGAAUGUCGUACCAGGAGAGUACUACAGUGACUGCAACUUGGCGCCGUCAUCUCCAGCCUCCCACGACGGGGAGCUUGGGGCCCGGCUGUGGGCUUUCAGCGUGGAGGCGGUGAGGAAGGAGGCGGAAGAGGCGGUGAAGCGGCCUGCCUGAGCGCGUGUGUGUUUUGGAUAGGGCUUGGAAGGUGCGCGGGGUGUGUGUGUGUGUGUGUGUCAUCUCGGAGGCAUUUUGAAUUGGCGGGUGGUGGAUUUGAAGCGUGGACGAGAGGCAGAGCGGCGUACUGUGUUUUUUGGGCGGAGAUAAGCUGUAGGAUGGUUGAAUAUCUAUUUUAUUCAUAAAAUAAGUGGCAUCUUGACGUUGUUGCGUGAUGAUCACCCUCCUCCUCCUCUCCCUCUUUGGGCCAUCUUUGUUUAGUACUAAUUGUUAUCAUUAUUAUUAUUAUUGGGAGUGGUGAUGCUGCUAUUGCUGCUUGAAUUUUCUAUACUGACGUGUCAUCUGUAAAUUCUGUUGUUGAUUAGUAUUGCUAUCGUUGUUUUUGCCCCGCUGCUGGUGGACCUGCAGCCUGCAGUGGUGGCACUCUGAAGGUUCUGUUGACUGAGACCUGCAUUGGCAUUAGGAGGGGAUUGUUUUGCACACCACUACUGUCGUACAUGACCUCUAGGAGCGUUGGUUUACCUUUUGGAUGCUCCGAGCUGUUCAGUGAUCCGAACAAUCCCCACUUGAUGUGUGUGUGGGGGGGGCUUUGUGGUUGCCGCACUGAUGAUGUGUUUAACUGCAACCCCUGCUCCAAUAGGACACUCCUGACCUUGUUCGUACCUUGUUCACAUGAUUCUCCGACGGUCCCUCUUCCCCCCCAGAGGUCAAAGGCUUUUAAUCGUCACAUCACUUC